UAGAAGAAGAAGAAGAAGAACAGGAAGCAGGAAGCAGCGCCGGUCAGAGCGGCUGUUUGACGGAGAGCAAACAGCGUUUCUGACGGAGUUUGUGGAGGAAAAGUUGGCGUCAUUGUGUGAAAAUGUGUAAAGUCCAGAUGCUGAGAGCGCUGGUGAAGCAGCGACUAACUGCGGCUGCUGAGGAGAUAUUUGGGCUGUUUGAAAGGACGAUAGCAGAGUACGAGGAGGAGCUUCGUCGUUCAAAAGAGGAGAACGAGCGACAGCGGGAGCUGCUGGCCGCUGUUUUCCAGCCUCAGCUUCGGCUGCACAGAGCAGACGUCCAGCAGCUGUCGCUGAGUAGAGAAGAGGUUCCCCCUGAGCAGCAGGACUGGAGCCCCAGUCUGGACCAGGACCCAGAGCCCCCACACAUUAAAGAGGAGCAGGAGGAGCUCUGGAUCAGUCAGGAGGGAGAGCAGCUUCGAGGGCUGGAGGAGGCCGAUAUCACCAAGUUCCCAUUCAGUCCUGUCCCUGUGAAGAGUGAAGAAGAUGAAGAGAAACCUCAGUCCUCACAGCUUCAUCAAAGCCAAAGAGAGGACUGUGGAGGACCAGGACCAGCCAGGAACUCAGAACCAGAUACACAUUUACAACCUGACACUGAUGACAAGACUGAAGACUCUUCUGAACCUGAGACUGAAGACAGCGAUGAUGAUGGGAAGGAGACCAGAGAACCUCAGUCAGGUUUAAACUUUAAAAAUGAUGAAGUCUCUAAAAGUGGUAUGACAUGUAGUACUGAUGUGAAACCAUUCAGCUGUUCUGAGUGUGGGAAAAGAUUUAGUUGCAAGGGACAUCUGAAGAGACACAUUAGAACUCACACAGGAGGGAAACCAUUUAGUUGCUUAGUUUGCGGUAGAGGAUUUGCGCAAGGACGUUAUUUGAGUCAACACAUGGCGGUUCACUCAGUGGAGAAAAGAUUCAGCUGCAGUGUUUGUGACAAACGAUUCACUUGGGGUUAUCAACUCAAAAGACACAGAUGUGUUGGUCCUCAGUCCUCACAGCUUCAUCAAAACCAAACUGAACAGAUGGAAACAGAAGCUGAUGGAGAGGACUGUGGAGGUCCAGGACCAGCAAGGAACUCUGAUCCAGAUACACAUUUACAACCUGAUACUGAUGACAAGACUUCAGACUCUUCUGAACCUGAGACUGAAGACAGCGAAGAGACCAGAGAACCUCAGUCUAGUUUAAACUCUUUAAAAAAUACGGAAAUCCCUGUAAGUGAUGCGGGAUGUAAUACUGACAAGAAAUCAGUCAGUUGCUCUGUGUGUGGUAAAACAGUUGUCCGCAAGAGAAAUCUGAAGAUACAUAUGAGAGUUCACACAGGAGAGAAACCAUACAGUUGCUCAGUUUGUGGUAAAAAAUUUACCCAGAACACACACUUACAUUGUCACAUGAAACAUCAUACAGGGGAGAAACCAUUCAGUUGCUCAGUCUGUGGUAAAACAUUUGCUCGCCGCGACUUUGUCAAAACUCACAUGAGAUUGCAUACAGGAGAAAAGCCUUUCAGCUGUUCACAAUGUACAAAACAUUUUACACUGAAAAUAGAUGCUGUGAAACACAUGAGAACUCAUACAGGGGAGAAACCAUUCAAUUGCUCAGUUUGUGGUAAAACAUUUACCCAGAACUCGCACUUAAAUCGUCACAAGAAACAUCAUACAGGGGAGAAACCAUUCAGUUGCUCAGUCUGUGGUAAAACAUUUACCCAGAACUCAAGCUUAAACCGUCACAAGAAACAUCAUACAGGAUAGAGAAACCAUUCUGUUGCUCAGUCAGUGGUAAAAGAACUGCUUGCCGCAACUUCCUAAAAAGUCACAUGAGAUGGCAUACAGGAGAAAAGCCUCAGCUGUUCACAAUGUACAAAAUGUGUCUGCAAAGACUCAAAAUGACUUGUACAGGAAAGAAACCAUUCAGUUGCUCAGUUUGCAGUGAAACAUUUCCUGAGUGCUACCUUGAGACCAGGGUCCGAAAUUAACACCCGCCAAGCGCCAAAUACGUCAUUAUCCCAAUGAAAUGUACUUGAACCAACGUAUAUGUGACACAAGAAGGCAAUUUAUUGUUUUGACCCGUUAAAAAUUAUGCUUGGCUGCUGGAUUUUUUUCAUCUACCAGUCCCAUUGGCCGGUGAGUCAAAAAGUAUUUCGGACACAGCUUGUGACUGAACACAUGCGACGUCGGAAAGGCUUUUUAGCUGUUGAGUUUAUUUGAAACAUAAACAACAGCAGCUUUUGGUGCUGUUGUUCCCAGGGAAGUUUUUAAAAAGAUUAGUGGUAUUGAUUUUCUUUUAUGUUGUGACUUUUUUUUUCUUCAAAAAUUAUCUGUAAAAUUAUCUUUGAUUCAUUCACAAGAAUUGUUUUAUUGGAAACUAUUGUCCAAGCACAAUGUUCCCAUCUGGUCUGUCACCCAUUUAUUAGAUGAAUCUGGCAACAUCUUAACUUUUGAGAUGUUCUGUAUGAAAUUCAACUUCCAGUGCAAUAGUAAACAAUAUGAUAAGGUUAUUAAAAGCAUAUCAACUUCUUUUAUUUUGAUGGCUAAAAAUGCACUACCUCAUAUGGUUGCCCCUCCCCCCCGCUGAUAUCCUUCAAAAGAAGUCGUUCAACUUUGAUCACACUAGCUGUAUAUCCGUUAUGAAGAAAUAGAAACUACGGACCACUUAUUUUUCUUCUGUCUUUAUAGAAAUACUUUCUGGUGCGAUAUGUAUGAUUGGCUGGAAUCCAAAAUAUUUUCUCUCGCCCAUUUCACCAGAAAUUAUUUUACAUUUGGAAUCAUAAUGGAGGAUAAGAAAACUGAAAUUUCUCCUGAACACUUUGUUUUAGGUAAAUUUGUUAUCCAUAAAUGUAGGUGGUUGGUGGUUUUUAUGAAAGAGCUGGAACUGUACUACAGAUCACUGAAGUGUAUGGGGGGGAAAUCAAGCAGCUAAAAAACUGCUUAAUAUUGUUGAUGCCUUGGAAUUAUUUGAAGAGACCACUUAGCUAUUUUAUUGUAUUUUUGUUGUUGUCAUUUAUGAGGAUGUGGGUCUGUUUGCAUCGUGUGCUCCCCUAUCUAAAAAGGCCACGACUGAUUGUGUAUCACUUGCCAUAAAAUUUCUACUUCAAUGCGAGAGAGAGAGAUCUCGCACAGGUGAGGCAGGACGUUUGUACAUCUGUUCUUCUGAACAACAUAAUAAAAAUGAAGCCAACUUGUGGAAGGAAUUCUGCUCUUGAUUUUGUUUGAAGUGCUCAUUAAGUUGGGAGUCUUACUAAUCAAAUGUAAAGUAUAUAAUUGGAGGCAAAGUAUGUUGCCUCUGUAAUGUCUUUUUUUAUGUCAAUAAACAUUACCGACCCCUUGUAAUGUUA